AUGCCCCCACCAUGGAAACGCAUUGUCGCAGCUCCUGCGAGCCGCCUCUCCCACGUUCCGCGGAGAGUGCAGCGAUACUUCGUCAUAUAUGCAACACUGCUCAUAGCGGCAUGGGUCAGCUGGAAGUGGAUAUUUCAACCAGAUUGGGAGAGCAAUCGUGCAAUUGAGAAGUCGCUGAACGAAGACAAGGUGUUCUUUGGGUCGAAUAUGCGGCCGGAGUUUUCAGAUAUGAUCCAGAUCAAGUCGAUGGAUACCAGGUUGCUGCCCUCAGACGAGAAUUUCAAGCAAAGGCUCGUCAUAGUAGGAGAUGUACACGGGUGUAAAGACGAGCUACAAGCCCUUCUCGAUAAAGUCAAAUUCCGCGCUCCUCACGACCACCUCACCCUAACAGGCGAUAUGAUCUCCAAAGGUCCCGACUCCGCCGGCGUCGUCUCCCUCGCCCGUUCCCUCUCCGCCUCCUGCGUGCGCGGGAACCACGAAGACCGCAUGCUGCUCGCCCUCGCCGACAUGCGCGGACACCACGCCGCCCUCCCCGGCCCAGCCGAAGACCCUACCGAUGCACAAGAUUUGCUUGACGAAGAGAGCUUCUCCCACGGCGACUAUACCUUCCGCUCACUAGCGCGCGAGUUCGACGACAAGCAAAUUAAGUGGCUGCAGGCAUGCCCGGUUAUUCUGCGCGUCGGAGAGAUCGCUGGGCUGGGCGAAAUGGUGGUUGUACAUGCGGGACUGGUCCCUGGGAUCCCGCUGGAGCGCCAAGACCCCUACCACGUUAUGAAUAUGCGGACAAUCGAUCUGGAUACCCGGUUGCCGAGCGAGAAUCGCGAGGGCACGCCAUGGGAGAAGCUGUGGAAUAAGUACCAGUCCCAUGUGCCGCCACAGUCAGCGGAGCGGUCGUCGGUCGUGUACGGGCAUGAUUCGAAGCGAGGGAAAAACAUUCACAAGUACAGCUUCGGGUUGGAUAGCGGGUGUGUGGCUGGGGGAAGACUGACAGCGUUGGUGAUAGAGGCUGGGCGGAAAGGGGAGGUGGCAAAGACGAGAACAGUGGAUGUCAAGUGCAAGACAUAUUGGCAGAAGAGUCAAAGUAAGACGAACAAUAAGAGCGAGACCUAAAGGAAAACGGUAAACGGAUCGGAUGGAUUAUUAGACUUUUGGAGUUUUCGGCGUCACAUAGAUAUACCUUGUGUAUAUGGGCUUGGUGGGUAAGCUGGUUAGCUAUCGUUUUGAUACGCUGUCGGCAGGUACCUACGGCGUUUCUGGACAUUGCAGGCGUAGCGUUGAGAUCAUUGUUACCUAAUUC